AUGGCUCCUCCCUCUACGCAAGCGAGUGCUCAAACGAAUCCUCACACCAAUGGCACGAACAAUAAUCACCAUCAUCAACAUCACCACGAUGAUCGAUCCCCACCUUUGAAUCGACUCGAAUUAUACAAUUUCAAAUCCUACAAAGGACGAGUGAUUCUGUGAGUACCGCGACGCGAAGCGGGAGUACCGGUUAUACGCCUUGCAGGCUACCUACGAUCUCAUUCUGAUCUGAACGGUCGUCGUGUGUCGUCUACCAGAGGUCCUUUUCAUUCGUUCACGGCCGUUAUAGGACCGAAUGGAGCGGGUAAAUCUAAUCUAAUGGACGCGAUCUCCUUCGUCCUCGGCGUACGAUCCUCUUCCCUCCGUUCCUCUGCACUCAAGGACCUCAUCUAUCGCUCGGGUGGGUCAAGGAAAGGGAAGGAACGUGGGGAGGUUGACGAUGAGGAUGGUGAAGAAGAGGAAGAGGAAGAAGGUGAAGAAGGUGGGGCGGGGGAGGAUGAUGAAGGACGCGUUGAUGGGGAGAGGAAGGCGUGGGUUCAAGCGGUAUAUAUCGAUACCAAGGGCAAGGAAUGGAAGUUCAAAAGAACGUGAGUGGUAUCCAGUACGCUGGAUGCAGAUCUACGCGCAAGGGACUGACCUCUUGUGACAUGUUCCAUUUUUUUGACAUUCCCGCCCCCUACGCUCGACGCGUCGAUCCAACGUCCCCCAACCCCCCCCCCCCCCCCGGCAGUAUCGCCCGCUCCGGCAUCUCGGAAUACCACCUCAAUGGCAAGAAAGUCAAGUACGAUCAAUACAACGACACGCUCGAGUCUUUCAACAUCCUCGUCAAGGCCAAGAACUUUCUCGUCUUCCAAGUCAGUGCCCAGCUUUUGUUUUUAUUCUCACCUUAAGAUUUUUCCCCCUCGCGGUUACGACGGUACUGAAGUCGCAACAAUCAUCCCGUCAAAAUUAGGGUGACGUCGAACAAGUCGCCUCUCAAUCACCCAAAGAUCUAGCCGUCUUGAUCGAUCGUAUUUCCGGUUCGGGCGAUUACAAAGAAGCUUACGAAGCCGCGGCGAAGGAUCUCGAACGAGCGACCGAAACGUCCGUUGCACAACACGCUAGGAGGAAGGGCGUGAACGGAGAGAUCAAGCAGUACAAGGAGAUGAAAAAAGAGGCCGAGAGGUGGAAGUCGUUGAUGCAGAAAAAGGUACGAUUUUUUUUUUCUUCUUCUCGAAGCGUGAGGGUCAAAUGCGCGUAAACUGAUUGUCAUACUUUGGCUUUGCCCCCCCUCUCUCUACCAGGAUGACGCCGUCGUUCAUCACUUGCUUUGGAAGUUGUUCCAUAUCGCCGAAGGCAUCAAAACCAACACCUCGGAAAUCGACGAAAAGAAUGCCCGUCUUUCGACUUUACGCGCCGACCACGCCGAAUUCGAAGAGCAACAAAAACUGGCCAAGAAGGACCACUCGAAGGCGCAAAAGGAGUUCUCCAAACAGGAGAAACAAGUCCUUCGCGCUUCGAAGGAAUUGGAAGAACGUCGGCCCGAAUUGGUCGCUAUCGAGGCGAGGAUCGCUCAUGCGCGAAAGAAAUUGAUCGCGGCGGAAACGAACGCUGAAAAAGUUCAAGUUGAUUUGAGGGCGGGGGAGGUCAAACUCGCGAGUUUGGAGGAGGAUCUUCAACUCGUACAGAGCGCCGCUGAUCGAGCGGCGCAAGAACAAGCUCAACAAGCUCGAGCGAGAGGGAUCGAUUUGUCCCAAGCCGAUAUCGACGAUUACCAUCGGCUCAAGAACCAAGCGGCCGUUUUGGCCGUGGCGGAGAGAGAGGCGUUGGUGGGUGUGCAGAGGGAUUUGAAGGGCAGGAAUGCGAAUUUGGUCGUGCAGAGGGACAGUGUGGAGGUGGCGCAGAGGAAGAGGGACAAGUUGGAGACCGAGCAGGAGGGAUUGAAUGCGAAGAAGGCGGCGGUGAGCUGGGCUUGAUACGACGGCCUUCUGUGAUCGAUACUGAUGUGAACGUACGCCGGAGCAGAUUGAUGCCAAGGUCAAGGAGGCGCAGGCCAACUUGAACCGAGCCAACAACGACCUCGAGGAGCUGAGGGCUCGCAAGAGGCAGACGACGUAAGUGAAUGCUAGCUGCAAGGCGGGAAACGGCUCCUUACUGACUACGGGGCGUGAAUUGGGUCAUAGGCAAACCGAAACCGAGCUGAACGAGAAGCUGCUCGACGCACUCAACAAGCUGCAACAAGCCGGCGCGGAGAAGCAAGAAUCCGAACGCGACGCCAAGUUCAAGGAAACGCUCUCGGCACUCAAGAGGACUUUCCCCGGGAUCAAGGGGAGGGUGAUUGAUCUGUGCAAGCCGACGCAGAACAAGUAUUCGUUGGCGGUGACGACCAUCCUGGGAAGGAACAUCGAUUCCAUUGUCGUGGAUAGCGAGAGGACGGCGAUUCAGUGCAUCGAGGUGGGCUCUUCCUUUCGUAGCGGUGGAGUGGACUUUGAAGAGGAUCUGAUCUCAAGCAACGCUCUUUCUCAAUGCAGUACAUGCGCGUUCAACGCGCGGGUCAAGCGACAUUCAUCCCCCUCGAAACCAUCACCGCCAAACCCGCGAACGACAAGUAUCGCAACUUUGCUCGCGGUGCCCGCCUCGCGAUCGAUGUCAUCACCUUCGAUACGAGCGUCGAAAGGGCGAUGCAGUUUGCGUGUGGGAACGCGUUGGUGUGCGAUACGAUUAAUGUGGCGAAGCAUGUCGUUUAUGAGAUGGGGCAAGAGGUCAAGGCCGUCUCGCUUGAUGGUACCGUCAUUCAUCGAAGUGGUUUGAUCACGGGUGGUGCUUCGAGUAACAGCAAUGGCCGGCACUUUGAGGAUCGCGAGAUUGAAGGUGAGCGUGCCUAUUGAACACCUCCGUUCAAGAUCUUUUUCCCCCUUCUGACCCUGCAUUCCCUCCUAACCUUCCUUACAGCCCUCCGCCGCAAGGAAGCAGAACUGCGCGGCAAGCUCAGCGAGAUUCUCAAGAACAAGCCCCGCGCCAACGUCGAGGAAGAGCUCAUUUCGCAAACCCAAAUCUACACCUCCGAACUCGCGAACCUACGCGACGACCUUUCCUCCAUCAACGCCCGACUGAAGGACACCUCUUCCGAGUUGAAAGUGAUCAAAACCACGCUCAAGGAUCUGAACGGCAAAGUCAGCCAACUCGAACGGGACAUCGAUUCGCUCAGUUCGAAAGCCAAGGACUUGGAAGCGACGAUCGCUUCCGCCGAAGAAGGGAUCUUUCGCGCUUUUUGUCGUCGUAUCGGCGUCUCCUCCAUUCGCGAUUACGAAGAACAACAGCUCGGCGUCGCGCAGGCCGCGAACGAAGCGAACCUCAAAUUCAAGACCCAGAUCGCUCGGUUGAACAACGCGAUCAAAUUCGAGAAGGAACGCGUCGAGACGACGAGGAAGAGGCUGGAUAGUUUGAGGAAUAUGGCCGUUCAAUCGAGAACGUCGUUGGGGACUUUGCAAGAGGAGAAGGAGGCGCUGGAGAACGAGCUCAAGACGCUGGAGAAAGGGAAUGAAGGUUUGAGGGAGACGUUGAGCGCGCUGGAGGCGGUGUUGAGGGAGAAGAGUGAGCGGUUGGAUGAAGUGCGCAGGGAAGGGAAUAAGAGCUACAAAGUUGUCGAGAAGACGCUCAAAGAAAUUGCGAACUGCGUGAGUUCAGAGUGCGACGUCUCUCGUUCUCUGUGUAUUUGGGCGUAAACUGACGAGUGAGUUCCUUGUCGGGCCCAUAUAGAACGACGAGAUCGAACGGCUGUCAUCGGAACGGUUUGCAAUCUACCGCAAGUGCAAGCUCGAGGAGAUCGACUUGCCGUUGGUCAAGGGCAAGCUCAACGCCGUGCCUAUCGACGAGGUAAGCCGUCCUGACGUCUCAUCAGUCAAUUAUAUCUGCUGACGACCUCUUGUGCAUGGUGCAGGCUCUUCCUCCUGCCGCACCGAUGGAUAUCGAGGGUGAUGAAGACGAGACACAAGCCGUCGUCACGACGAACGACUACGGCAUCGUACCCGACUACGACGAACUCGAAGAUGACGAAAGAGAAGACGGCUCGAACGAGAUGGGCGAAGCGCUUUCUCAAGCGAUCGUCGACCUCGAAACGGAGAUGGAUAAGAUGUCACCCAACCUCAAAGCGAUCGAGAAGCUUGGUGAUUCCGAAGCGCGUUUCCGUCAGAUCGACGCCGAGUUCGACCAAGCUCGCGAGGAAGCGAGGAAGGCCAAAGAGGCGUUCUCGGACCUGAAGAAGAAGAGGUGCAAGUUGUUCAACGCGGCGUACGAGCACAUCUCGGGAUCGAUCGAUAAGGUGUACAAGGACUUGACCAAGGGACGAGCGGCACCUAUGGGGGGUGUCGCUUAUCUCUCGCUCGAGGAUUCCGAGGUGUGUCGCGAGCAGAUAUCCACAUCGUGUUCUUGCGUGGGUGCUGAUUAAAGAUCAAUGUUUUGACUGCACAGGAGCCAUAUCUGCAUGGUAUCAAGUACCAUGCGAUGCCGCCGAUGAAGCGGUUCCGAGACAUGGACCAGCUCUCGGGAGGCGAAAAGACGAUGGCUGCUCUGGCGCUCUUGUUUGCUAUCCACUCGUGAGUGAUACUCCAUGUAUCAUUCACAAUUCGAAGAUUUUGACGCUGAUUCGCUACUUCUCUUCUUUGGCUUCAGCUUCCACCCAUCGCCAUUUUUUGUUCUGGACGAGGUCGACGCUGCUUUGGACAACACCAACGUACAACGGGUCGCUCGCUACGUGCAAAGCAUCGCUUCGCCCGAUUUCCAGUUCAUCGUCAUCAGCUUGAAGCCCGCAGUGAGUCGACGGACCGCCAAAAAAAAUUAGACUUUUAGGGUUGUCACUGAUCGACGCAUGGCUGGCCGUGCGUCAUGAUCGCAGUUCUUCGAACAAGCCGCGGCGCUCGUGGGUGUGUACCGACAAGGAGGUGGAUCCAAGAACCUUACACUUGAUGUACGUGCUUCAAACAUUCUCUCCUACUUUUUAUCUUUCUGUUUAGCCAUCGAGCUGAUCGUUUCCAUUUCACCCAUUUUCGUGCAGCUUACCCAAUACUCGGACUGA